AUGGGAUCGUCGUCUUCCAAGUCUCGAGUUACGAAGCAUGGCAACGCGUCGACCAGGGGCUCUUCUCGUGGAGUUUCGGGUACUUCAAUAGGUACUGGGUCCUCCGGGAGGAGGAGAGUUACUGCCAAUCAGAUGCAGAGCACCCAUCUAGAAUUCUCAGAGAUUGUUACUUUUAACCCCAUCUACUCGCAUUUAGAAUGUUACCUUCGCCAAUUGAAUUGGUGGAUAUUAGAUGGGAAACUCAAAGGCGCACCAUUUCGUCUCAACAAAGGGGGGCCCGCUGGGCCGACAGGAGAGUGUGGCUCGGUAGGACAGUGGAGCUACUGCAAAAUGAACGAGAAGUACAAACAGCCGCCUGCGUCUCGCUACAUAGGCGCAGCGGCACCUGGGUUUGACUUGGGAGCAGGUUUGAGCCAAACCAUCCAGACGACGAUCCAAAUUUGUCAUCAGCAACCGCUCGAGGAUGCAAAUGUCCGAACCGCACUGCUGUAUCUCGUUGAGCGUCUUGCUUACCAAGGAGUCGCUAUUCGCACGGACCUCGAUAUAUUUAGUAUUUACGCCCACCUCAAAUCCAUGUCGACUACUGGUUACGCUCCCCCUCCCGAAGACGUUGUCGGUACCCAUGUAAUGAACAUUAUGAGUCUCGCAGCCUUCAAAGCGCCAGUUGAAUGGGAGAAUCGAAUGGAACUGGCAAACAGGAUUAAGGUUGAGUUACAUGCCGACAUUCUGGAAGUCCAGUUGUACUACCAAGAGCUUCAACAACUCUCUGGAAUCGACGAACUGAAAAGACGAGUUUCUCAAGCUAGAGAACAGGCAGAAGCACACAUUGGGAGGGGCGAUGCCUCGCACUGGGAAGAGCUAAGUUCGGUGACAUCUAUGCUGGCCAGAGUUGAGGGUAUGCUAGAGCAUAGUAUUCGUCAGCCAGGCUCGACUACAGGCUUAUCAUAUACGCCUCGUGCCUCUACCUCUAUGUCUACUUCUGGCUCUGGUUCUAUAUCUUCAUCUAUUACCACUCGGAUGCCAUCCAUCUUACCAUCUUCGACCACCGCGGUCAACCCUAUGCCUGUCAAUGUUGGGACUAAGACUGGCCUUCCGGGUGCGGUAACUUUGAAUUCAUACUCGGAGCCUGCUAUUCCUUCCGACCGUCUUACCUUUUCCUAUCUAUGGAAGCUAUGGGCCUUACAAAGCAGAAAAACCCAGCAAGAUAUACCCACACUGGGGGGAAAGUUCCUAGACCUACAGCUAUUGGCUUUGAAUAUUACCUCACUGGGGGGGCAGGCUGAAAUUAACCGUGACCCUAGACUAUGGAAACGACUAGCGGCUCAAUUGAAGCUGAUUGACCACGAAAAUCAAGAUGACGACCAUUCCAAACGUAUCGUACACAUGCUUCAGAAGACGCAAGGGGAGCUAUUACUUCCUUUUGAGCAAUAUUGCAUUGCUUGGAGUCGUCUAUCGGAGGAAGAGAGGAAUAAAAGCCUGCUAGAAUAUGCGACAGCCACAAAGACGUUGAAGGCCAAACUCCCUUCUCCUAUGCCAGAAGUUACCGACACACUCUUACCCAUGCCGGUAAUGCCGGUUCGUGGUGCUACGUUGACACCGAAUUCGCCUGAGCUUGAGGAAGCCAUGAAAUUGGUGGAUUUUUACUUUCACGGGUUUUAUCCUGGCAUCCCGCUGCGCGCCAAAAUCCAACGGUUACUCGAAUUGCCCCCGUCGGAGCUCCCGAAUCACACGUGGACACGGAAAAGGAUAGACUGGCUGUCCAAGUUCUCCCAAACCUAUGCAGGUCGAAGCACGGAUCAAAUCAUUGCAUACAUGGCAGGAAUUAUACCUCAACACCUAUCACAACAGCUACCUGGAAAGAAGCCGAUCACCGUAUCGCCCCCAAGUGGGUGGCCAGUCAACGACGUCAAAGUGACAGAAGUACCCCCACCAACAAGCACUGCAAUGUUUCCUCCACAGCUCAUCAUUCAGGCCAAUCGAUUCGUUGACAUAACUUUGCAAGCCGUUGAGAGUGUCCGUCCAAUGAGGCGUGUCGAGCUGCCAGAUGCACACCAACAGCCUUUAAAGGCGCUUGUUACUGAGGCUUACGAUCUGGCGCUUUUCCUCUACCGCGCUUCCGCACUUCAUUAUAUGCUAUUUAUUGAUGAGAAGGAUACGAGGAGUGGUAUAAUGCACGCUGUGCUCAUUAUUGAGCAAUUUUUCUUAUGUUCGAGCGGAUACACAGCUCAUAUUAUACGCCUCGAUCAAGCGGUGGCUGCAGUCACUCGUGUACGAGACACAGUCAAUGCGAUGAGAGAGCUUAUGCAAAAAGAUACCGAGAAUAUUUAA